AUGUAUCCUGUUCGCAUCUGUUCAUGGAAUAUAAAUGGGUUGCGCUCUAUUCAACAUCCGUUGAAAACUACUUUAGAUUCUCUUAAAUCUGAUAUAAUUUGUAUUCAGGAGACUAAAACCACACCUGAUAUAAAUAGGGAAUUCGCACUUGCGGAUAAUUACAAUGGUUAUUUUAGUCAUAGUAUACACAAGACAGGAUAUUCAGGUACUGCGGUUUUUUGUCGUAAUCCUCUCAAGCCAACUAAAACAUUCCAUAACUUAAAUGAUAUACUUGUCGAAUCCAUUUGCCGCCGAAAUAAUCCAACGGAUGGAUGGAGUUUUCUCAAAACGAAACUAAAUAUCACUCAUACUGAAGCUCGUAACUUGGAUGCAGAAGGAAGAGUACUGGGUCUCCAGUUUUCUACUGACAUAUUUACCCCCUUUCGAAUUCCCGACGAAAAACGGCCGCUGAUUGUGUUGUCCAUAUAUUUUCCCAGGUUAAAUCCAGAAAACGUUGAACGUUUGAAUUACAAACAUCUUUUCCAGUCUGCUGUACAACUUUGCAUUGAAUCACUUCUAGUAGAAAACAACGUAGUUAUUGCUGGGGACUUUAAUAUUUGUCACAAAAUGAUCGAUCAUUGUGCUCCAGACGAAUUUAUUAUGGAUGAGUCUUCAAAAUCUUUUCGCCAGUGGUUUGAUCGGCUGUUGAUUGAAGAACAGCAAGAUCCAAGUCUUAAUACUCAAAUCAGUGUUGGUUUAAGAAGAUUCGUGGAUAUCUUCAGGCUACUCCAUCCUCAUCGAGAAAAUGCCUUUACAUGUUGGUCGUCGCGUACGAAUGCUCGUCAAACAAAUUAUGGAGUCAGACUGGAUUAUAUUUUAUUCGACAUGAAACUUGUGGAGAUUAUCACCACCAUACCAGAUAACAGUUUACAAGCAGACUUGAUGUCACAUAUAAAUGGAUCUGAUCAUUGCCCAAUAUAUGCAGAUCUACCAUAUUCUUACAAUUCAGAUUUGAUUUUUUCCUAUUCAUUUCCACCUAAAUGCUCUCAUUACUGGCCCCAAUGUCAGAGGAAGCAAAUGGACUUAGAGAGCUUCGUAAUGUCAAAGAGUCAUUCCAAAGUAACUAAACAACCUUUUACUUCUCAUGACACACAAGCUUCCGUAUCCUGUGUAAGAAAUUCGCAUUCCAAAGAUAAACGUCUUGUUUUCAGGCAAACGAAAAUCACCUUUAGGGAGUCUAUACCAAUAGAGACGGCUACAUGUAUACAUGAUCAAUUUUCAAGUAAAGAAAAUACGACUGAAACUCUCCAAAGAAAAAAUUACGACCCAUCUCAAACAGCUCAGUCAACUGAAGCAUGGCGAAAUCUUCUUUCAGGGCCGAAGAAACCUCCUGUAUGCCUUGGACACAAAGAACCUUGCGUCAUGAGGACUGUGAAAAACUUAAAAACAACUAAAGGUAGUCGACUCGGCAGGCGGUUUUGGGUUUGUGCACGCCCUCAAGGCGCCCCAGACAAUCUAGCUGCCCGGUGUAGCACAUUUUUUUGGGAUGACCAAAUACCAAAAAAUAAGUUACUCUAG